AUGAGCGAUGGCCCAUCGCCUUCGCUCCGCCCGUCGCCCUCGCUUUCCACGCCUGUCGCCUUCACUUCCCCUCCCCCGUCGCCUUCACUUCCCCUCCCCCGUCGCCUUCACUUCCCCUCCCCCGUCGCCUUCACUUCCCCUCCCCCGUUGCAUUUCCCGCCCGUCGCCUUCGCUACUCCCGCCCGGCGCCUUCCCUUCCCCUGCCCCUCGCUCUCGCUUCCCCCGCCUGUCGCACUCGCUUCCCCCGCCCGUCGCACUUGCUUCCCCCGCCCGUCGCUCGCGCUUCCCCCUCUCAUCGCACUCCCCGCCAGUCGCACUCGCUCCCAUUGCUGUCACUCUCUCCUGCUCACGCUCUGCCCUCCGCUCACUCUCUCCCCCACCCUUCACUCUCUUCUCUCACGUACACUCCCUUUCCCCCUAUUCUCACUCCUCUCUUUCCCCCUCGCCUCACUCUCUACCCCCCUGCUCAAUCCCUUCCCCCCUCGAUCUCUUUCCCCUACUCUCUCUCUACCCCCCGUGCUCAAUCUCUCCCACCCUCAAUCUCUUUCCGCUGCUCAUCCGCUCACUCUCUCCCCCCCUGCUCACUCUCUCCACCUCUGCUCACUCUCUCCCCCCCUGCUCACUCUCUCCCCCUCUGCUCACUCUCUCCCCCCCUGCUCACUCUCUCCCCCCCUGCUCACUCUCUCGCCCUCUGCUCACUCUCUCCCCACCUGCUCACUCUCUCCCCCCCUGCUCACUCUCUCCCCCUCUGCUCACUCUCCCCCCGUGCUCACUCUCUCUCCCCCCUGCUCACUCUCUCCCGUCUGCUCACUCUCCCCCCCCCGCUCACUCCCUCCCCCCCCGCUCACUCUCUUCCCCCCUGCUCACUCCCUUCCCCCCUGCUCACUCUCUUCCCCCCUGCUCACUCCCUUCCCCCCUGCUCACUCUCUUCCCCCCUGCUCACUCCCUUCCCCCCUGCUCACUCUCUUCCGCCCUGCUCACUCCCUUCCCCCCUGCUCACUCUCUUCCCCCCGGCUCACUCCCUUCCCCCCUGCUCACUCUCUUCCCCCCUGCUCACUCCCUUCCCCUCUGCUCACUCUCUUUCCCCUCUGCUCACUCUCUUUCCCCUCUGCUCACACUCUUUCCCCCUGGACUCACCCGCCUUUCCUCCCUGUUUACUCUCAAUUCCCCUUCGUUCAACCAUUUUUCCCCACACUACUCUGA